GAUAAACUCUACCCAUCUCCUUGAUGACGGAUUGUUGUUGAGUUGGUCUCUAGACUUUUACCCAAAAAUCGCAUGAUCACAAAUCAACUUGGAACCUUGGAUUGUUCUUUAUAUUUACAUUCACACUUGGUCUGGAAUUGACUAGCCAAUAUAUUCUUUCUAUAAUAAAUAGAAAAUUUCGUUCUAAUUUGUUCAUCAUUGAGAUUGUGAUUACAAUCCAAUUAAAAACGCCCACUGUUUGAUAGAACAUCAUUAACCAUCCAUAAUCAUCAUCAUCAUUAUUAUUAUUAUAUUUGUCACAUAAUGGAAUAUUGGCUCAUCUCGGCACCAGGAGAAAAAACGUGUCAACAAACAUGGGAAACAUUGAAUGAAACUAUCAAUAAACAUGGUUCAGAGUUUUGUGAGACUUUUCGUUUUCUUCUUCCCGACUUGAAAGUUGGCACAUUAGAUACAUUGGUUGGCUUAUCGGAUGACCUGAACAAAUUGGACACAUAUGUCGAAGCAGUCAGCAGAAAAUUGGCACAAUCCAUUGGCGAUAUACUUGAGAAAGGCCAAUCAUUGAAAGAGCAGCUUCAAGCAAACGGACAAGAUUUGCAUACAUAUGUGACCAAAUUUCAAUGGGAUUCUGCCAAAUUUCCUAUCAAACAAUCGUUGAAAUCAUUACAUGAGAUAAUUAACAAACAAAUUGGCCAAAUAGAUCAGGACAUGAAGACGAAAACAUCGACAUUCAAUAAUCUAAAAAGUAAUCUUCAAUCUUUAGAACGAAGACAAGCUGGAUCAUUAUUAGUGAGAGAUCCAAGCGAACUUGUCAAAAAAGAACAUUUCGUUCUCGGUUCCGAAUAUAUGAUUACAUUUCUUGUUGUUGUUCCGAAAUCAUAUUACAAAGAUUGGCAAUGCAAAUAUGAACAUCUAACUGAUUAUGUCGUUCCUCGUUCAUCAACAUUGAUACAUGAAGAUAAUGAUCAUGGUCUAUUUAAUGUGACUGUCUUCAAAAAAUUUGCCGAUCAAUUCAAAGUGAAAGCACGUGAAAACAAAUUUAUCGUCCGUGAUUUCAUAUACAAUGAAGAUGACAUUAAUGCCGGUAAAAAUGAGAUUGCACGCCUGGAAAGCGACAUUAAAAAACAAUAUCAUCUAUUGAUGCGAUGGCUAAAAGUUCAUUUCAGUGAAGCAGUUAUCGCUUGGGUACAUGUCAAAGUUUUACGUGUAUUUGUUGAAUCUGUACUUCGAUAUGGAUUGCCGGUUAAUUUUGUUGUUGCACUUCUUCAUCCACCAAAGAAAAAUUAUCGUAAAUUACGUGAAGUUCUCAAUCAUUUGUAUUCACAUUUGGAUACAUCAAUAUUACAAGGUCCAAUUGAAGAUAUACCAGGUUUGAAUGUCGGCCAACAAGAAUAUUAUCCAUAUGUUUCAUUCAAAAUUAACAUUGAUUUCGUAUCUACUAAAUGAGUGAAUGAAUUUCUUUUCUUGUUAAUCAUUUUUUUUUUCAUUGUGAGCGUUCACUAGCCAGUUUUA